AUCCCCUUCUUUCUCUACAAAUUUCUUCUUCCCGCCUCUUCCCUCUACUCUCUUUCUCUCUCGCUGAAAUCAUCUGUGCGCGACGAUGAAUGAUCCGGGAGAAACCGUCCAGAGUUCGGCCGCCGGCGAAGGCUAUGUUGUUGAGAAUAUAGAUAAGAAAGCGGCAGAAGAAGAGGAGGAACAUCGCGUUUCUACUCUUGAAGUUGGUGAUGAUGUUAAUCGAAACAGGGAAGGUGAGGAAGAUCAAGUAUACGGUGGCUCUGUUGAGGCGGAGGAGAAUGUAGUUCAGGUGAAGAAGCUGCCUGAGCUAAGGGAGCUGAAGACGAAAGUGCACUUGGAAGGAGAAAAUCUUAACGACUUUGCUGAGGAAAACUGCCAACUGAAGAUAAGGUCUGUUAAAUCUGAUAGUAACGAAUACCGGGAACACGAUACCUCUGGUGAGACAGAGGAAGUGGUUUCGGUGAAGAAAGUGCAGUCGGAGGGAGAAAACCUAGUUUCUCCAGUCGCUGAUGACGACGUUGCUGAGGAUAACCCUGAAAUGAAGAAAAUGUCCACGAGAAGAAGGGCUGAUAAAUCUGAUAAUAACGAAGAUCAGAAACACGGUAACUCUGAUGAGACAGAGGGCGGCGUAGUUCUGGUGAAGAAGCAGCCCGAACCAAGGGGGCGGAAGAAGAAACUGCAGUCUGAGGGAGAAAACCUAGUUUCUCCUGUUGCUGAUAGCAGCACUGCUGAGGAAAACCGCCAACUGAAGAAAAUGCCCACGGGAAGUUCUGAUAAAUCGGAUCAUAACGAAGAUCAGGAAUUCGGUACCUCUGAUGAGACAGAGGAAGUAGUUUUGGUGAAGAAGCAGCCCGAGAGAAGGGGACGGAAGAGGAAAGUCCAGUCCGAAGAAGAAAAACGAAAUUCUCCCAUCACUGAUGAUGGGGAAAACUUUGAACCUAAGACAAAUCGCAACAGGAAAGAGGGCAGGAAGAAGAAGGUGGGUAGACCGAUGAAGAAGGAAGACAAUGAUUCGUCGAACGAAGAAAGGACCCUAGAGGAGCCUGAAGGAUCGAUUGGGGCCAUUAGAUCUGAUGAAGAAAUAUCGCAAGGCAAAUCGAUAAGUGCAAUAAACGAGGAAUCAGAGCAGCCUGUGAGUAGCUCAAGUGGCUACUCUCUUGGAGCUUUCAAGUGUCCAGUCGUCGAUGAAAAACCAAAAGCCACCCGCCGGAUGAAGAAAGAUGAGAAGGGGAAUGAUAUUGUUUCGAAUAUGUGCCACCAAUGCCAGAGAAAUGAUAAAGGAAGGGUUGUUCGAUGCAAUAAGUGUUCUAGGAAACGAUACUGUGUUCCCUGCAUGACAAGAUGGUAUCCUAAAAUGUCUGAUGAGGAUUUUGCUGCAGCUUGUCCAGUAUGCCUCUUAAACUGCAAUUGCAAGUCGUGCUUGCGCUUGGAUGUACCCAUUGAACUCACAAAUUUGAAAGCAGAGGUUUCUGAUGAAAACAAGGUCAUAUACUCAAAGUUCAUACUGCAAACACUUGUUCCAUUUCUGAAAAAGUUUAACGAGGACCAAACCCUGGAAAAGCAAGUUGAGGCUAAAAUUCGAGGUGGUCUUUCAUUAACAGAAACAACAGUGAAGCAGGCAAAAUCCCCUGAUGAUGAGUCUGAACGCGUUUAUUGCAAUAACUGUAAAACUUCCAUUAUCGACUUCCAUAGAAACUGUCCAAAUUGUUUAUAUGACCUUUGUCUUGCAUGUUGCCUUGAGCUGCGUGAUGGACACCUGCAGGGAGGCAAAAAGGUAGUAGUUAAGAAAUAUGUUGACAAUGGACCAGAUUACUUGCAUGGAAUAAACAUUGAAACUAAAAGUGGUGGACGUUGUUCAAAAAUAAAAAAAUCAAAGGGAUCUGUUCAAACUAAUCCUACGGAUCAUUUUAUCCCAAGAUCUGUAUGGAAAGCUAAUGAAGAUGGCAGUAUUCCUUGUCCGUCUAAAAGUAAUGGUGGAUGUGGCCACGGUGUUCUAGAACUGAGAUGUAUGUUCCCUGAAGAUUUUAUUUACCAGUUGUUAGUGAAGGCUGAAGAGAUGGUAAAACCAUGUGACCUCAAGGAUAUGACUGAAGGAAGAAACUUGUGUUCCAAUUGCAGCGAGGAAAAACAAUCUGAUGCUUGUGUCAAUAAAAAUAUCAGAAAAGCAGCUUCCAGGGGAGAUUCUGCUGACGACUAUUUGUAUUGUCCAAGAGCUAUAGAUAUUCAGCAUGACGACUUGAAACAUUUCCAGUGGCACUGGUAUAAAGGAGAGCCUGUUAUUGUUACUGACGUCCUUGAAAAUACAAAAGGUUUGAGCUGGGAACCAAUGGUAAUGUGGCGUGCAUUCCGCCAGAUCAAGAAUCUUAACCACUCCAAGCUCUUAAAUGUAGUUGCUGUCAAUUGUUUAGAUUGGUGUGAGGAAGAGGUUAAUAUUCGUGACUUCUUUAAGGGAUAUUUGGAUGGAAGAUUCGACAAUUUUGGAUGGCCUAAAAUUCAUAAGUUGAAAGAUUGGCCUCCAUCCAGCUUAUUUGAAGAGCAUUUGCCUCGUCAUGGGUCUGAGUUCAUUAGUAGUUUGCCAUUUAAAGCAUAUACACAUCCUCGUGAAGGAUUCUUAAACCUUGCUGUAAAGUUACCCGAGAAAACAUUGAAGCCUGAUUUGGGUCCCAAGACAUAUAUUGCUUAUGGAGUCACUGAGGAGCUGGGACGUGGAGACUCUGUGACCAAGCUUCACUGUGAUAUGUCUGAUGCAGUGAAUAUAUUGACACACACUCAAGCAGUUCCUCUUACUCCAGCCCACCUUGAAUGUAUAAACGAGUUAAAAAGACAACAAUUUAUUCAUGAUCAAAUUGAAAUAUUUGACCAAAAGGUGGAAGAUAUUACAUUUCACAAGAAAAACGAUGAAGUAAUGAAACUUUCUCAUACCCACACGAGUGAGAAUGCAACAGAUAUUGGAGUUAGAGUAGAGAAAGAUCCACCCAACGUAUCUAUUGUGAGGGCUGACCAGACUACGAGCGAAGGGGAGACAAAUACUGAUUCUGGUAUGUCAAACAAGAACAGAAUUGAAGCUGUAUGUGUCACCAAAACGGAGAAAGCAGAUGAGUCCUAUCAGCCUUGCCAGGAGAUUUUUAGCUCCAUAGAGGCAGGAGAAGGGAAGGCAAUGGCAAUCACACAGAGAAGUGCUGCUGAAACUUCUGCAAGCAUAACUUCAAAGUUGAAGCAUGAUGAAACUCAUAAUUAUGACAGUGAAAUUCAAGGAGAAGAAGGCUUGGAGUUGGAGGGGAUUGGAAAGGUUGAUGGUGGGGCUCUCUGGGAUAUCUUUCGACGAGAAGAUGUCCCUAAGCUUCGUGAAUAUCUCUUGAAGCAUCACAAGGAAUUCAGGCAUGUCUUUGGUUCUCCAGUGCAGCAGGUCUUCCACCCUAUUCAUGACCAAUGCUUUUACUUGACUUUUGAACAUAAAAAGCAGCUUCAAGAGGAAUUUGGAAUUGAGCCUUGGACUUUUGUCCAACAACUUGGUGAAGCUGUUUUUAUACCUGCUGGGUGUCCACAUCAAGUUAGAAACCUUAAGUCAUGCAUUAAGGUUGCACUGGAUUUUGUCUCUCCUGAAAAUGUUGAUGAAUGUGUCCGUUUGACGGAGGAAUUUCGACUACUUCCCCAGGAUCACAAGGCUCAGGAGGACAAGUUAGAGGUGAAGAAAAUGGCUGUUCAUGCUAUGAUUAAUGCUGUGACUGAAUUGGACCCCUCUUUUGCUAAGGUGCUUUCAGUGCUUUCAGAUACUAAGGGAAAGAAGAAAAAAAUAGGAAAGUCGAAGAAGUAGAGAGGGCAUUUAAUUUACAUUGCCUUCUUUUCUCGGAAUCUUAUUCCUUCUUUUCUUUUUUCGUGUUAAGAAGCAUUUCUGAUUUGAGUACAUAAAUGUUUUUGUCAUAUACUUAGUGAUAUGUCUUGAAAACACAUAAAAUUUGUAUAUAGUUUCAUUUCUAUGGAGUUGUUAAAACCA